CACUGGGACAGGCGCAGGUUCAAGGCAAGCCCCCUUGGUUUAUCAGAGCUGAGAACCUAGAAGUAAAUAUUUCAGACAAGCUUGAGUAAUUCCGCACUUAUCUACAGAAAACAGAUUUACAUCCGCUUGACGGAGGAAACGGACACACCACAAUUUGUGGCCACUACUGUUUUUAACGCAGAAGUUGCAGGGUCCUGAGGUUGCUAGAAGCUAACAGGAGGGAAGUUGUCCUGUUGCAGUCAUGUCCACAGAAGCCACGUCUCGGGGGGCGCGCUCUACCACCCCUCCCCUGGAUGCUGGGUCGCCCCACUCCCCCGUGUCUCCCAGCUCCCUGCGUCUGCCUCCGUGCCGCCAGAGGGACCGCUCGCCCUCCCCGGUGAGGGGCUACCUGAUCCCCAGUCCACUGCCCACGCGCCGGACCCGUACCUGCUCCGCGGCCGCCCGUGCUGCCGAGGGACCCUCGUUCAGUGGAGUCUGCAAGUGCUUCUCACGAUCCAAAGGCCACGGCUUCAUCACGCCAGCUGAGGGAGGCGCUGACAUCUUUGUGCACAUCUCCGAUAUUGACGGCGAGUAUGUCCCAGUGGAGGGAGACGAGGUCAACUACAAGAUCUGCUCCAUACCCCCCAAACAUGAGAAGAUCCAGGCCGUGGACGUGACCAUCACGCACCUGGCCCCCGGCACCAAGCACGAGACCUGGUCUGGGGCCGUGGUGGACACAUGAGGAUGCUUCCUAGUGGUCGGAGGGAGGAAGCACACCUCCCUGGGAACUGCCAAGUGGUGUGGUCUACAAGUGGAAAUCCGAGUGGGUUGGGGUUGAUUUAUUUUUGCAGUUUUUUUGUUUUGUUUUUUUAACCCACAUUCUUGAACAGUGAUUGGUUUAAAGGCAGGUGGGGGUGUUAUGUUUCAGAUCUAAGUAUAUUACCAUGCCAAAAUGCGAACAAAAAAAGCUUUUGUCUUGUUUUGAGUGUAGUUUCAAUUUUGACAUUUUCCCUCCCUUGUUUAGCAUCAAUAUUGUCCUCAUUAUCACAGUUGUAAUGCUACUGAAACAAACAUGCUCAUCAGCAUCUGACACUUAAGAUGGAUGCAUCAUGACCAUUAGUAACAUGUGAUUUUGGUUUCCAAAGAGGAACAGUUAUCCAGAUUGUAUUGUGGGUAUAACAUGUGUUCUCAAAAUGUUAACUGAAACUGCAAAAGCCUUAAACUUAGAUCUAGUAUACAGAUCCAGCUUUAGUGAUAUUGCAAUGGAUUUGUUUUUACUUCUUUUUCAGGGAUAGAAAAGUGAUGAAACACAUGCCAUGAUGGUGGACGUAUUAUUUGAAUUUAGUUAAGUGUGAAAAUACAGCAUCUUUAAAAGACUU